UCAAAAAUGUCGGUUGCUUUUAGUUAAGUUGUUUUGAAGUUUCGUUGUUAUAUAUUUUAAAACUUUUGUUUAUUGAUUACUAAAAUAAUUAAUAUCGUCUAACUUUGUUCAUCGGUUGCCCUAUUGCCUUACCAGUUUUUAAUACGAAAUAUACAGAGAACUUUAGGAAAAAUGCCCAGAACGAAACGACCCGUUAAAAAACAGGAGAAAGUUGUUGAUAGCGAUGAUACUCUAAAGAGAAUAAAAAAACUAUCUAAUGAUCUAAAGGCGAAAAUAGAUUCACAGGCUCAAAUGCAAAUUGGAAGUAUUGAGAUUGCCUUCAAGAUAUUAUUAGGCUCAAUAAGUGCAACAAACUUGCAAAAGACUUUGGGUCAAUUGAAAAAUGAACUUCUUCUUAAAGAGCCCACAAACACCAGACAAUCUAGAGUGACUGCAUCAAGCCGUGCUGCAUCAAAUGAUGAUGGCUACCUCACCGAGAACUCAUCCCAGGGCUCCGGGGAUCAUGGUGCUAAGAAAACAUUCAUGCCGCCUUCAGCAACUCGUUCCAUAAGGCGGUCUCGGUCAGCUGAUGCCUCGGCCCAUUCAGUUGCAAGGCCUUCAAAACGUGCCACAACGCAACGGCGGCGUAGCAAAAGCGUGUAUCGUACGCCGGCUUAUAAUAGGAGUGCUGCAGUUAAUUAUCCUGUUAUUACUCCUAAGGUGACACCUCACACACCGCUAACAUUAUUGCGUCAGCCAAGGCAGGGAGAGAUGGUAGUGUCGAUGUCUGGGUCACCUGUUAUGGUGCCAAGCUGUGCUUAUGCAAUGCAACCGGAUGAAAAGGCAAAUUGCAACAUUCUACUCCGAGAUGGUACAAUGCUUUCCCUACAACCAAAGCAGCUCCGACAGUCACAGGCCUACAUCCCGUUCUCUCUCAUGGAUGAUAAUGUCCUGCCUCAAAUCAAGACACUCAAAGAUAACCUGGAUAAGUUUCUUAAACUCGGAGAAAGAGCCAUGAAGUGAAAUAGUGUUAGUGAUAGUGACAAAGAUAUCCCAAAGUCAGUAAGCCUUUAGGCA